UAUCAGUCUUCAUCGUGGUGUGUGGGAGUCAGCAAGCAAGCGGACCGAAAUUUUUUCUUGGUCGAGCGUCACAAGUUUCCGUAAUUUACACAAAACGUCUUCUAUUUGUGUGUACAUAUAUAUACAUAUAUAUUUUAUAGUGUGCUGUGUGUCUGUGUGUGCUGGCCAUUCAAUUUGUAUGAACCAACGGAAAAGUCAAGAUAGAAGUGCAAAAAAAAAAGCAGCUAAAUCAAAAACCUAUUUAAAACGUAUUGUGGGUGAAGGCCCAAUCCCUCCACACCAAUUUAUCAUAUCCAAGUGCAAGUGAAUUUUUACGUUAAACGAUUUAGUACUCCGGCGAUGUCCACCGCCGCUGAAACGGGGUCGUCGCCUGGCAAAAGCAACAGCAGCAGCAACAACAAUAAUGGUAAUCCCACUGCUACCAAUCAUCCGAAAGGUGUGCAGCGCCGUCAAUUGCGCGAGCGCAAACAGCGCAAACUCUAUCUGGAGGAAUGGUCGCUGGGUGAUGACGAUGCGGAGGGUGCUCGAGGCUUCAGUGUAGCCGAGAAGCUAGAAUCGUCGAAAUUCGCACAGACCGGCAUGGUGCGAGAGAUGCGCGGCAGUGAUCUGACCGUGGCAUUUCUGCAACAGCAUGGCUUCAAUAUACCGUUACUAUUUAGGGAUAAGGGCGGUCUGGGUCUUCGUAUGCCAGAUCCUCAGGAAUUCACAGUGAACGAUGUACGGCUGUGUGUGGGAUCACGUCGCCUGCUGGACGUUAUGGAUGUAAAUACACAAAAGAAUCUGCAAAUGACAAUGAAGGAGUGGCAACAGUACUACGAUAGUCCACAAAAGGAUCGACUGUUGAAUGUGAUCUCAUUGGAGUUUUCGCACACACGACUUGAUCAUUUUGUACAGAGUCCCGAGAUUGUGCGGCAAAUCGACUGGGUGGAUGUGGUGUGGCCGAAACAGUUGAAGGAUGCUCAGAAGGAGGGCACGAAUCUAUUGGGCGGCAUGAUGUAUCCGAAAGUGCAAAAGUAUUGUCUGAUGUCGGUGAAGAAUUGUUAUACAGAUUUUCACAUUGAUUUUGGAGGCACCUCGGUGUGGUAUCACAUACUGAAGGGAAGUAAAGUCUUCUGGCUUAUACCGCCCACCGAUCGCAAUCUUCAGCUGUACGAGAAGUGGGUGCUGUCGGGCAAACAGGCGGAUAUUUUCUUUGGCGACACGGUGGAGAAGUGUGCUCGUGUCUAUCUAACGGCGGGAAAUACGUUCUUUAUACCCACAGGAUGGAUUCAUGCUGUCUACACGCCGACACAGUCUCUGGUCUUUGGUGGCAAUUUUCUGCACUCUUUUGGCAUUGUGAAGCAGUUGAAGACGGCCAGCGUCGAGGAUAAUACGAAAGUGCCGCAGAAGUUUCGCUAUCCCUUCUUCACGGAGAUGCUUUGGUAUGUCCUGGCGCGUUAUGUGUACACUUUGCUGGGUCAUUCGCAUCUCGUGGGAGAGUCAUCGGUCGGUGAGACGGAAAUGUCAGCACGUCCUCACACCCAUUUGACCCACUACGAAUUGUUUGGGCUCAAGGAAAUUGUCAUGUAUUUGUAUGAUUUACCGCCGCAAAAGAAAAAUGUGCCCAGUUUGGUGCUAGAUCCGGUGGCUCUUAUCAAGGAUGUGCGAACUCUGGUGGAACGCCAUUGCAAAGAUCAGCAGGAUAUGGCCGUAACUGGCUUCUCUGUGUUGAGAACAUCAAUAGAAGAUCCGACACAAUUCCUGCUCUAUGAUCGAACGCGGGUUAAGCAGGAGAUUAAACAAGAGAUUGCCCGUAAAAAUGCCGAAGUGAUCCGUGAACAACAGCAACUGGAGGCAGGCAGAGCCAAGGAGGCUGAAUCGGAAUCUGCGGUGACUCCCGGCAUCGGACCCCAUAGCAAUAAUAACAGUUAUGCCAAUGCUGCAGUCGCUGGCAUUGAAUAUAGUAAUGGAGUUAUGAAGAAGGAGCAGGUGGAGAAUGGUUCAUCAGUCACAACGUCAACGGCAACAGCAACAACCACAACUCAUGGAUCUCAGCCAGAAGCCACUUUUGUGCUGCCAACGGACACUCUUAAAUAUCGACCACCAAAAAAGAUGCAUUUGGCCAAUGCUGUGGCAGCUGCUGCCAGUAGUAGCACAACCAAUUCCAGCACCAACACCAGCCCCACCAAUAGUGGAGCAGGUGUAGCAGCUGCCUCGUGUAACAGCCCAACGGGUGGAACCUCCAGCAAUGCCAUUAGUGUAAUAGCCACCUGCUCCUCCAGCUACAACAACAUGGACGGGAUCUCAUCACCGUUGGACAACUGCUCAUCUCCGGGGGGCGAUGGGGCAAAGCUUUCGCCCCAUUUGACUGGCACAGGACAGCCGAGACGUCGGCGCACACGCUGCAAGAAUUGUGCGGCCUGUCAGCGAUCCGAUUGCGGCACAUGUCCCUUCUGCAUGGACAUGGUGAAGUUUGGGGGACCGGGACGGGCCAAGCAAACAUGUAUGAUGCGCCAGUGCUUGUCGCCCAUGUUGCCAGUGACGGCGCAGUGCGUCUACUGCCAAUUGGAUGGCUGGCGACAGACACCAGUGUCGCCGCAGACCAAGCAAUUGGCCCCUGCGGAUGGACCCUCUGCGUUGAUGGAAUGCUCCGUAUGCUAUGAGAUUGCCCAUCCGGACUGCGCCCUGUCGCAGCUCGAUGGCACCGAAGAUGCUGCCGAUGCCAAAGGCAUUGUCAAUGAGGAUUUACCCAAUAGCUGGGAGUGUCCCAGCUGCUGUCGAUCGGGAAAGAAUUACGACUACAAGCCGCGUCAUUUUCGAGCACGACAGAAAUCCUCUGAGGUGCGUCGGGUUUCCGUUUCCCAUGGCGGGACAACGGGAGAGGGUCAUGAGACUCCCAAUCCGCUGCCGCCACCUGUCGGGCAGUAUAAUGACUUUGUUUUCACCAGCGAGUCGGAGAUGGAGGGAUCGGCGGGAUCCACGGGUGGCCACAUGACCCACUGGAAGCACGGCAUGAAGCGCCACCAUCAGCUGGAGAUCAAAACGGAGCGGAAUAACAGCUGCGACACACCCUCGCCGGGUGUCUCACCCACAGCUGGGGACAAGGUGAAACGGCGGAAGAGUGACGAUGGGGUCAGCGUUAGCAGCAGCAUGCAGGAGAGCAAUGAUGCGGCAUGCAGCAAUUCCAUGGAUGGUCCACCCACCACGGGUGGAGGUGGAGGCAGCACAGCCACUGGCGGCGGUGGAAGUGGUGGCAGUCAUGUUGGAGGCAGCGGAGGAGGAUCACGCAAAAAGAACUCAAUACGCACACAACUGGCCCAGCAGAUGCUCAACUCAUCGUCGCGGGUGCUGAAGAAACCCCAGUAUGUAGUGCGACCAGCGGGAACGAUAUCCUCGAGUGGUUCCGGCUCUGCAGCAACCACAACCAAUGGCAUCAGCAAUGGCAACGGCUCAGCAAGUGGAACCAACAACAAUAGUGGAUCCCACGCGGCGGAGAGGGGAGCUAAUGGCAGUGGUGGUGGCUCUAGCAGUGCCACCAAUGGAGUCAGCAAUAGCAAUCAUAGCGCACAAAAUCUCUCCCUCGAUCCCACAGUGCUGAAGAUCAUCUUUCGAUAUCUGCCCCCCGAAACACUGGUCACAUGCUGCUCUGUGUGCAAAGUAUGGUCCACAGCAGCCGUCGAUCCUGAUCUCUGGAAGCGAAUGAAUUGUUCCGAAUUGAAAAUGUCCGCUUCAUUGCUAACUGCGAUUGUGCGUCGUCAGCCGGAACAUUUGAUUCUGGAUUGGACGCAAAUAGCCAAAAGGCAGUUGGCUUGGCUCGUGGCCCGUCUGCCGGCCUUGAAAAAUCUCUCGCUACAGAAUUGUCCCAUCCAGGCGGUGCUGGCACUGCACACCUGUCUCUGUCCACCGCUGCAGACGCUCGACUUGAGUUUUGUACGCGGCCUCAACGAUGCAGCCAUUCGGGACAUUCUGUCACCUCCAAAGGAUUCACGGCCAGGACUAAGUGACUCGAAAACUCGUUUGCGCGAUCUCAAGAUCCUCAAACUGGCCGGCACCGAUAUCUCCGAUGUGGCUGUGCGUUACAUCAUGCAGUCGCUUCCCAAUCUCAAGCAUCUGGAUCUCUCAUCGUGUCAGCGCAUCACGGACGCUGGUGUGGCUCAAAUCGGUACCUCCAAUACGGCAAUUGCUCGCCUUGCCGAGUUAAAUCUAAGCGCCUGCCGUCUGGUGUCCGAGAACUCGCUGGAUCAUCUGUCCAAGUGUGAGAGCCUCAUCUGGUUGGAUCUCAGACAUGUGCCGCAGGUCAGCACACAGUCGGUGAUACGCUUUGCGAGCAACUCCAAGCACGAUCUGUGUGUGAAGGAUAUCAAGCUGGUGGAGCGGAGGCGUCUACUGACCACAACAGCUCUGCGUAAUUGGAAUGACUGAGAGGAGCGAGCUCGGAUACUGCACUCGCUGGGCAUAGGAGGAAGAUUUGAAAUGAAGCGCUAGUGUUUCUCUUAUUAGUUUUAAGUCAACAGAAAAAAUGCAACAAAGCCAAUUUAUUUGUUAGGUAUUUAUCGAUAGCAAGCACUGUCCCUGUCCCCUCUCAUGUCCAACCCACCCACCCACCUUCUUCUCCGCAAUGCAACCAAAGAGAAUAGCCCUUUACAAGUUCUAGUCAAAAGCAUAAGAUUUUUUUGAAGCCACAAUUCUCUGUCCGUUUGUCAAAAGUUUUAAGGAUGUUUGUCCUCUAUUUUUUUUGUUUUCAAAGGUCACUGAUGAGAAUGUUUGGCAACAUUCGAAAUAUAUUUUAAUCUAUU